GCAAGGGCGAAGCAGGAGCUCUUUGUCUCCGGCUCCCGGGACGCUCCAGGGACGGCGACGAGGCUGCCGUGAGCAAACCCCACCUCUUCCUCGAGGGGAAAAGCCUCCGCCCUCCUCUCCCUCCGCCUUCCGCAGGUGCAACAGAGCGCGGGGAUCGGCGGGCCGGACCUCCGCACCCGCACCACGACAGUCGGCUGGCAGUAGAGUGUUGACCCUCCGGAACAGACCAUAUAUGCUGCAGUACUUGGAUGCUUCAAGGCAUGGAUGGGAAGAAAUGCAGCGUAUGGAUGUUCUUACCUCUUGUACUGACACUAUUUACCUCAGCGGGACUAUGGAUUGUAUAUUUUAUAGCCGUAGAGGACAACAAAAUUUUACCACUAAAUGUGAAAGAAAGGAAACCAGGUCCCCUGAAGCCGCCUUAUAUAAGUAUUGCAGGUGAUGCCCCUCCUGCAAGCUGUGUGUUUAGCCAAGUCAUGAACAUGGCAGCAUUUCUAGCACUUGUGGUGGCUGUCCUUCGCUUUAUUCAGCUAAAGCCAAAGGUCCUGAACCCCUGGCUUAACGUGAGCGGCCUGGUGGCGUUAUGUUUGGCCUCUUUCGGAAUGACCCUUCUUGGCAACUUCCAGCUUUCCAACGAUGAAGAAAUACAUAAUGUUGGCACAUCCCUGACCUUCGGGUUUGGUACCCUGGCCUGCUGGAUUCAGUCUGCAUUGACGCUCAAAAUCAACCUGAAGAAUGAAGGAAGGAAAGCUGGAAUCCCACGAGUUGUCUUGUCUGCAGCAAUAACCCUCUGUGUAGUCCUUUAUUUCAUCCUGAUGGGACAGACAUUCCACAUGCAUGCGGCACGGAUACAGUGGGGCAUGGUGAUGUGCUUCCUCUGCUACUUCGGCACCUUUGCAGUGGAGUUCAGGCACUACCGGUUUGAGAUCAUUUGCUCCGAGUACCAGGAGAACUUCCUCAGCUUUUCUGAAAGUCUGUCCGAAGCAUCUGAGUAUCAAACGGAUCAGGUGUGACCCAGCCUCUUCCUUCCUUUACCCCACGGUGCUGGGUGUAUGCAGUCACGUGACUCUACUCACGGCUCCAUUUCUCACACUUGUUUUUUUUAAGACACCUUGUUUUCCAUGCCUCUAGGCACCGGCAAGUUGCCAAAAAGUUCAUUGGAGGGGCAGGACUGGACCUAAGAGAUGCAGAGUGGCCGCACCUCUGUGUCCCUUCGCUCUUCCCUCCUCCUACUGCAUAGCAAGAUAGGAAAGAGACACGGAGCGUUCCACCCAGAGCGAGGUUAAUUAUCAGAGGUUUAAGAAUUGGGGUGGAGAACAGAGCCUUGUAAAUUCUUUGGUGAACGUAGAUUCGAGUCCAGUAGCACCU